AAUUAUACCAUGGACUACAAGGAGAGCUGUCCAAGUGUAAGCAUCCCCAGCUCUGAUGAACACAGAGAGAAAAAGAAGAGGUUUACUGUUUAUAAAGUUCUGGUCUCAGUGGGCAGGAGUGAGUGGUUUGUCUUCAGGAGAUAUGCAGAGUUUGAUAAACUUUACAAUACUUUAAGGAAACAAUUUCCUGCUAUGGCCCUGAAGAUUCCUGCCAAGAGAAUAUUUGGUGAUAAUUUUGAUCCAGAUUUUAUUAAACAGAGAAGAGCAGGACUGAAUGAAUUCAUUCAGAACUUAGUUAGGCAUCCAGAGCUUUACAACCAUCCAGAUGUCAGAGCAUUCCUUCAAAUGGACAGUCCAAAACAUCAGUCAGAUCCAUCUGAGGAUGAGGAUGAAAGAAGUACUCAGAAGCUACUCUCUACCUCACAGAACAUCAACCUGGGACCAUCUGGAAAUCCUCAUGCUAAACCAACAGACUUUGAUUUCUUAAAAGUUAUUGGAAAAGGCAGCUUUGGCAAGGUUCUUCUUGCAAAACGGAAACUGGAUGGAAAAUUUUAUGCUGUCAAAGUGUUACAGAAAAAGAUAGUUCUCAAUAGAAAAGAGCAAAAACACAUUAUGGCUGAACGAAAUGUGCUCUUGAAAAAUGUGAAACAUCCGUUUUUGGUUGGAUUACAUUAUUCUUUCCAAACAACUGAAAAGCUUUAUUUUGUUCUGGAUUUUGUUAAUGGAGGGGAGCUGUUUUUUCACUUACAAAGAGAGCGGUCUUUUCCUGAACACAGAGCUCGGUUUUAUGCUGCUGAGAUUGCCAGUGCAUUGGGUUACUUGCACUCCAUCAAAAUAGUGUACAGAGACUUGAAACCAGAAAAUAUUCUCUUGGAUUCAGUAGGACAUGUCGUCUUAACAGAUUUUGGGCUUUGUAAAGAAGGAAUUGCUAUUUCUGACACCACAACAACAUUUUGUGGGACACCAGAGUAUCUAGCACCUGAAGUAAUCAGAAAACAGCCCUAUGACAACACUGUGGAUUGGUGGUGCCUUGGUGCUGUUCUGUAUGAGAUGCUCUAUGGAUUGCCUCCUUUUUAUUGCCGAGAUGUGGCUGAAAUGUACGACAAUAUUCUUCACAAGCCUCUAAGUUUGAGGCCAGGAGUGAGCCUCACUGCCUGGUCCAUUCUGGAAGAACUCCUAGAAAAAGACAGGCAAAAUCGACUCGGUGCCAAAGAAGACUUUCUUGAAAUUCAGAAUCAUCCCUUUUUUGAGUCACUCAGCUGGACUGAUCUUGUGCAGAAGAAGAUUCCACCACCGUUUAAUCCUAACGUGGUGGGACCAGAUGACAUCAGGAACUUUGAUGCAGUGUUUACAGAAGAAACAGUUCCGUAUUCUGUCUGUGUGUCUUCUGACUAUUCCAUAGUGAACGCCAGCGUACUAGAGGCAGAUGAUGCCUUUGUUGGUUUCUCAUACGCGCCUCCUUCAGAAGACUUGUUUUUGUGA